CACGCUGUCACAGACCUAGUACAAUAAGAGCGAAAUGUGAAGGGCGAAGAAUCUCUCUAAUUCUAACCUUACAGAGUCUCUAGAUCAGAUCAGAGCUAAGCCUUCUCGGUUCUCAGGGAAUUAUGAUAAGGCCCAUAAGUUCCAAAUAGAAACUUCAAAUCACGUAAGUCUGCUGCCUUUGCCAAACAGAUUAUUUUCCAAACAGUACUCUCCAGUGGGAUGGCUAGUUUAUCAGUUUUGCCUAAGAAUCUUGAUGCAAGAAAUUUGUUGCCCUGGACAUCAUGCACAGGGAAUGAUCUGUUAGCGUGACAUGACAGGGUUUCUUGUAAAAGAAAGGUUCAAAUUAGAAAUCAUGGGUCGUGGAGUCAGCAGUGGUGGGGGACAAAGUUCUCUGGGCUACCUUUUUGGAAGUGGAGAGGCUCCAAAACCUGCCACAAAUAAUGCUGAAGCUCCUCAAAAUCAGGGACAGGUUGGAAGUAGUGGACCUUCUCAGAUGUCUACUGCAGUUGCACCACCAGCGGUUGCACCACCAGCAGUUGCACCACCAGCGGGUGCACCACCAGCGGUUAUUAAUAAGCAGAUUCCAGCGGGCGUCCAGGGUAACACUACAAACAACUAUUUUCGAGCUGAUGGCCAGAACACCGGCAACUUUAUUACGGAUCGGCCUUCAACAAAGGUCCAUGCGGCGCCUGGCGGUGGGUCUUCCCUAGGUUACCUGUUUGGGGAUGGCAGCAACUGAGGCCUCCAGGCUUCAAUAGUUCCCUGUUUGCCUAGGGCCCUUUGCAGUUGGGGUUUGAACAAUAGUUCUCUCUUUUGGACAUUGCAGAUGUUUGAUUAGUCCUUUUGUAAUAUGGUACUUUCUUCAGUAGGGUUUUGCUCUACAAUGGAACUUGUCAAGUUAGAAUGUGUGGUCGCCUCACCACCCAACUCGGUUUACUGUCAGUUGAACGAAGUUGUUUUGUCAAUUGAACAAUGUUCUUUUGUCGGCCCUA